AUGGUGACCUCUUUCAUUGAAAGCAAGAAAGCUUAUCCCAUCAAGAUGGAUAAUUACUUCCACGAAUACCGUGCUGAGUACCUAGCAAAUUGUGCAUCAGAAGAGAGUUAUGCAACUCCAGUCCAUCAGGCCGGCAAUGAUGACCUCACGUUGUUACAAUGGAUGCUGGCAGGAAUUGUGCCAUUAGACCUGACUCACUCACCCACCAGGGAGGUUGCUUAA